AUUUUUCAUCUCUUCUCUUUUUCUUCUGCUUUCCGAAUUCUGUUUCCCUUCAAGGUGGUCAGCAUUAAAGAGUUUGGUGCAUUUGUCAGCCUUGAAGGCACUGACAGACAGGGCUUACUCCACCGAUCUGCCAUUUCCAACCAUCCAAUCGGUACUGUGUCCGAUAUUCUGGACAUCGGUGAAAAAAUCUUUGUCAAGAUAAUUAGCAACAAGGAUGGCAAACUGGGGCUCAGUAUGAAAGUAGUCAACCAAACAACGGGGGAAGAUAAGGACCCCAACAACCUCACCAUAGCAGAAACGAAAAAGCGGAAGUGGGGUACUGUUCGUGGUCAAAGCCCCAUCCGAUUGGGGGCUGAGUUGAACACAGUAUGCAAGCGAUGUGGUGUUAAAGGGCACCUGGCGAUUUCAUGUUUUGCACAAACUGGGGGUGAAUUUCUUGGGUUGGUGGCCUCAGAUUCCGACGACAGCGAAGUGCUGUCGAUUUCUGCAUCUCAAAAGAAUGAGAAAAAGAGGAAGAAGUAAGCGAAGGGAACAUGA